AUGGUUGCUGUUUCCCCCAAAGAUCUUCGGAACAUGAUCUCCACCGUGGAUCUUGAGAUCAUAUACCCCCUAAGUUUCCCAGACAAGACAUCUACGUGGACGCAACCACCAAGCCUGGGUAGAUUGCCAGCAGAAGCGAAAGGUGCCAUCACAUGCGAAGACCUCAACAAGGCCCUCUGCGGUUAUGAGCUCACACAUACGGACUGCGAUAGUUGA